AUGGUUACAGCAACAACCAAUUCCGUCAACAACAAAUCUGUUACAGUAUUUUUGAAUCUACUGGUGAUCAUCUCCAUCUCUCACUUCAAGCAUCUCCAGACUCCAACCAACCUGCUCAUCCUCUCUCUGGCUGUGUCAGAUCUCCUGGUGGGACUCAUUGUGAUACCAGCAAUGACUGUAGCAUUAAUGGAAUCAUGCUGGGUUCUUGGGGAAUAUUUCUGUGCUUUACUAAUGUUCAUCACUUUUUUAUGCGGUACCUCAUCUCUAGGUAAUUUAAUCUUGAUUUCAAUUGAUCGUUAUGUUGCAGUGUGUGAUCCUUUACCCUACCAUUCUAAAAUAACAAUUACAAGAAUUAAAUCACAGGCCAGACAGGUAUUUUAUAAAGGGGCUGCCACUCUUUCUGGUAUUAAAAUUGUACAGGCAAGUAAGUCUGAAAGAAAAGCAGCAAAGACUUUAGGUAUUGUUGUCUUUAACUACCUACUUUGUUGGAACCCAUUUUUGUGA